AUGCUCGAGCCGCGAUACGUACAUACCUACAACAAGAUCGAGGACGUACCUUAUGCCCAAAAGCCGUUUGAACGUAAAGCCAAGGGCAGUUUCGGGACGGUCGAAAAGGUAGAACACAAGAAAACCUCGGAGGAACUUGCGAUGAAGAACUUGUUCUGUAAUGAUCGGAGCAAGANNGAAGUUUGCAACCACCCCAACAUCGUCAAACUGGUCGAAGCAUUCACUGUCGCCAACGACGACGGAAUGGAAGAGGACGACGGUGCCGUUUGUCUCAUAUUGAGACCCUGGGCUCCCUACACCCUUGAAGCCUUUUUGAAUUCAACCGACGACAAACGCAAAGAUCGGUGCACUUGGUUCAACCCAGGCUCCCCGCAGUCUGACCUCUGCAUCUAUCGUAUUAUGAAGAAGCUGGCACGAGCUGUGGCUUAUAUGCAUGGACGGUCAAUUAAGCACAAGGACAUCAAGCCCGACAACAUAUUGCUGCACGAACCCAAUUCACCAGAUAUCCGGCCUCUUUUGACCGAUGUUGGGGUUAGCAAAGUAUUCAUCCGUGGGGGAUCAACCAAUUUCGACGACUGCUCGUAUAUCUUCCUCGCCCCAGAGCAAGUCGCACACCUGGAGAGCAACCUCCGUGCCGAUGUAUGGCAACUCGGAUGCUGCUUUGCACUAAUGCUAGGUGUGGCAAAGAGAGGCAGAGCUGGGCGAAAUGAAUUGUGGGACAGCUUUUGCAGGACAAAGGAUGGACGUUCGUGCCAGAUUGCUUCAGAACACGAGCACUUCAUGAAGAGUCUCAAGGCCUUGUGUGAUAAGAGCCAAUCUGUAGGCGAGGAUUUGAGCAACCAGCUGGCAUAUGACCUUGUAUCAGGCAUGUUGGACAAGAACCAUGAAACAAGGCUGGAGAUUAAUCAAGUCCUGUCACGCCUUGACCAACUUGUUUCUCAGUUGAGCACAGUCGCAGUGGAAGAUGUUGAUAUGAGCUAUGUGUGA